AUGGCGGGCCCCGAGGUCAAGAAGAUGGCUCUGAAGAUAACCGCACCAGUCAAGACCGGCCGCGUCGCGAAGACCAAGAGGAUGUACCGUAUCAAGAUCAACAUUGGCAAGCAAGCGGCCACGAACUUACACAAUCGCGGCUCUCCUCUUCUCAGUCUCCCAGGAGAAAUCCGCAACCAGAUCUACCACUAUGUCAUCGGGGGUUAUGAGGCUUGUCCGACCUGGGAUAGCGGAGCCUGUAUUGACGUAGAACUCCGAGCUUCACGAUACAACACAAGCGGCGGCACACGGAAAUGCUGGGCUGAACUGUUCAACCUCACUUAUGUGUGCAAGCAGCUCAACAUGGAGACGAAGAACCUUCCAUAUGAACUCACCGUAUUCCAGGCAGACAUAGCUGCCGCGUUUGAGAGGUUCAUGUGUCAGCUCAAGGAGGAGAAGAAGCAACUGAUCACCACCGUUUCCUUCGGCUUCAAGCACUUCCACAGUGUUAGCUACUGGACCGACGCGCAGUUCCCUACCCCGGCUGAGCUGUUUCGCUGCACUUCUCUGAAGACCAUGAUCUCCCGAAUUACUCUCGGUCAAGGUCAGAAACUCUUGGUGAAGCUAAUCGCUCGACACAUGGGAGCGCGUAUCAUUCCCGAGAACGAACAUCUCGGAUACAUCGAAGACCAGGAUGUAUGUGAAGAAGAACAAGACGUCUUUGCAGAAGAUGAAGAGUAA